UUUUACAGGAAGUGCAGCUGCGAAUAUCAUUUUAAAGAGUAGACUGAGAGAGCCUAUUGUUUUGCGAUGCUGCUAAACACAGAUAUCUCUCUAAAUCUGUCUACAGAAUGCCAAUAACAUAUUGAAGUGAUGAGGUCGCAAAAGUAAAGUAGAUUCCAAGAACGCUAACGAAUCUUCAACACACACAUACAGUAGUUUUCAUUGGCACGGCCAGAAGAGAGAGAGCGAACACAUGUUUUAAGAUUGUUGCAACUGGGAGCUUGCUAAUUCACCGAAGAAAGACAUAUGGGUACGGCAUGGUUACGGAUAUAUGAAACAUUUACAAAAUGAAAAGAUCACAGCAAGAGGACCAGGGCUCCGGUUGCUGCAUCAGCAGAUGAGAAGGACUUGAGUGAGCAACUGACGCGGCUGCUUCAUCUAGGCUGACAGAGUAUGGAGUCCUAGAGGUGUCCACAAGACAUGUGCCACAUCUCCUGGUCCCACCAUGGCCAGUCACCCUGAGGGGGCUCUGACUCAGCAUGGCUCCCAGAGUGAGGGCACUGGACCAAGAUCACAUGGCAGAUCACAUCACAAAAGUUGCAGAUCUCCGGAUAGUGCUGCUGGGGAAGACUGGAGUUGGGAAGAGCUCGACAGGAAACACCAUCUUAGGGGGAGACAUGUUCUGGGCAGAACUAUCUGCUGACUCAGUUACUAGCACGUGUCAGAGAAAGACAGCUGAAGUCAAUGGGAGGCAGAUUACAGUGAUUGACACUCCAGGGUUGUUUGAUACUGUGCGUGACAAUGAACACACCAAAAGAGAGAUCAGUAACUGCAUCUCACUGGCACUACCAGGUCCACAUGUGUUCCUCUUGCUGAUACCAGUGGGACGCUUUACUCCAGAGGAGCGUCUAGCAGUAAAGAUCAUUCAAGAAACUUUCGGUGAUAACUUCAUCAUGUAUGCUAUUGUGCUCUUCACUAAAGGAGAUAAUCUGAACAAGCCCAUUGAAGAUGCCCUGGGGGAGAAGAAGCUUCCUCCUUGGGACGUCAUUAAACAAUGUGGUGACAGAUACCAUGUGUUUAACAACAAUGAGACCCUAGACCGUAGUCAAGUCUCUGCUCUCCUGGAGAAGAUAGACAACAUGGUGGCAGCAAAUGGAGGAGGUUAUUACAUGUUCCAGCAGCAAGAGAAGCUGGAGACUGGAAUGAAGACAGAGGAAGGUACAUUGGAACACCUUGAUGUGUGUGUUUCUGCAAACUUGAAGGAGCUGGACCUGAGUGGCAAUGGGCUUCAUGAUGCAGGAGUUCAGAAUCUCACAGGGCUCCUCAAGAAUCCCCACUGCAAACUGGGGAACCUAAAGCUGAGCCGUUGUUCCCUCACAGAGGAGAGCUGUGCUGUGAUAGCGUCAGCUGACACAUUAAACUCCUGCAGUUUGAAGGAGCUGGACCUGAGUUACAAUCAGCUUCAUGAUGCAGUUCAGCAUCUCUCAGAGCUCCUCAAGAAUCCCAACUGCAAACUGGAGACACUAAAGCUGAGGGGUUAUUCCCUCACAAAGAAGAGCUCUGCUGCGAUAGCGUCAGCUGCCACAUCAAACUCCUGCAGUUUGAAGGAGCUGGACCUGAGUUACAAUCAGCUUGAUGAUGCAGGAGUUCAGCAUCUCUCAGAUCUCCUCAAGAAUCCCCACUGCAAACUGGAGACACUAAAGUUGAGGGGUUGUUCCCUCACAAAGAAGAGCUGUGCUGCGAUAGCAUCAGCUGCCACAUCAAACUCCUGCAGUUUGAAGGAGCUGAACCUAAGUGCCAAUAAGCUUAAUGAUGCAGGAGUUCAGAAUCUCUCAGAGCUCCUCAAGAAUCCCCACUGCAAACUGGAGAAACUAAAGCUGAGGGGUUGUUCCCUCACAGAGGAGAGCUGUGCUGCGAUAGCGUCAGCUGCCACAUCAAACUCCUGCAGUUUGAAGGAGCUGGACCUGAGUUACAAUCAGCUUCAUGAUGCAGGAGUUCAGCAUCUCUCAGAGCUCCUCAAGAAUCCCCACUGCAAACUGGAGAAACUAGAGUUGAGGGGUUGUUCCCUCACAAAGAAGAGCUGUACUGCGAUAGCAUCAGCUGCCACAUCAAACUCCUGCAGUUUGAAGGAGCUGAACCUAAGUGCCAAUAAGCUUAAUGAUGCAGGAGUUCAGCAUCUCUCAGAGCUCCUCAAGAAUCCCCACUGCAAACUGGAGAAACUAAAGCUGAGGGGUUGUUCCCUCACAGAGGAGAGCUGUGCUGCGAUAGCGUCAGCUGCCACAUCAAACUCCUGCAGUUUGAAGGAGCUGGACCUGAGUAGCAAUCAGCUUUAUGAUGCAGGAGUUCAGAAUCUCUCAGAGCUCCUCAAGAAUCCCCACUGCAAACUGGAGAAACUAAAGCUGAGUAAUUGUUCCCUCACAGAGGAGAGCUGUACUGCGAUAGCAUCAGCUGCCACAUCAAACUCCUGCAGUUUGAAGAAGCUGAACCUGAGUUACAAUCAGCUUCAUGAUGCAGGAGUUCAGCAUCUCUCAGAGCUCCUCAAGAAUCCCCACUGCAAACUGGAGACACUAAAGCUGAGCUGGUGUUCCCUCACAGAGAAGAGCUGUACUGCGAUAGCGUCAGCUGACACAUCAAACUCCUGCAGUUUGAAGGAGCUGAACCUGAGUUACAAUCAGCUUCAUGAUGCAGGAGUUCAGAAUCUCUCAGCGCUCCUCAAGAAUCCCCACUGCAAACUGGAGAAACUAGAGCUGUGGCGUUGUUCCCUCACAGAGGAGAGCUGUGCUGCGGUAGCGUCAGCUGCUAGAUCAAACUCCUGCAGUUUGAAGGAGCUGGACCUGAGUGGCAACAAGCUUCAUGAUGCAGGAGUUCAGCAUCUCUCAGAGCUCCUCAAGAAUCCCCACUGCAAACUGGAGACACUAAAGCUGCAGUCCUGUUCCCUCACAGAGGAGAGCUGUGCUGCGAUAGCGUCAGCUGCCAAAUUGGAGGACAUAUGUUUGUAAAUUGCUUGAUUUGUAUGCCUGUCUUGAUAUCCACAAAUAAUUAUUUUACAAAUAAAAAAAUCCCAUUUAUAACUUGCUAAUUUAUUUUUACAAAUAUAGAUGUGUAUUUGUAAAUAUUUUGGCAUUUGUCAAACUGAAAAUUGCCUUUGUAAAAUGUGAUUUUGCAUUCGUGGAUCACCAGCGCACGCAUUCCUCUAUUUUUGAGACAUUCUUUGCGUGAACGUUGCACAGAUCCACAAAUACCAGCACCAAAGAUUCUAGAGCUCGAGUCCACAAGAUUUAUUUCAGACUAUUUUACUAUAAAGUAACUUCUAAAGAAUUACGAUCUUUGAGUUUGUUUAUCGUUACCUAGCAACAAAGGCUUUUAAUUAAAGCUUUAUAUUGAGGCCUUUGCACACUGCUCCAACAAAUGGCAACAAUCACCAACAGCUGGGUCAUUGUGAGGCUUCA